UCAUUGUCCGUUUUAGCCGUCCACAACCCUCCAGUCAAGUCGGUCUACCCACCUCGACCACGGCGCGUCGACAACUACGACCACCACGACUCGACCACAGCAGGGCGCGCUACACCGAGCUCAUCUCCCUCGCGCGCCCUUUGUUUGAACCUCGGCCCCGGGACCCAGCUCUGCACAACGUCCGACAGGUGCUGACAGACUGGGCUCGCGGAAGCACACCCGCGGCAGCCAGGACGAUCCGCGUCUCCCAUCUCGGUUCGACCGACCGACCACCGUCCAACGAGCAAACUGCUUGCUGUAGCGGACCAUGGGUCGCUCAAAGCCACGCACCAACAAGCGACCGCCACCCAAGCCCAACCGCAGGGGCACGACAACACCGAGCCCGGUACCAGGUCACGCGGCCUCACCGUCGGCCGGCGGGGGCGGCGCCGCACCGCUAGCUUCGCCUCCGUACCUUGACCCUGCGACCACGCCGCUCUUUCCACCAGCGUCGGCCCUUGACCCGACAGACCCGUCGUUCUCGUCGGCGUUCCAGAGCUGGUCCACAUCGGCGCUGUCGCAGCUCGGGCAGCUCCCCCGGCUUACACCAUCGCAGCUAUCCGCAAUCGCGGGGGCGGCGGCUGGAGUGGGAGAUGCCGGCCUGUUUAGCGCCGCUGCGGCCGGCGGAGGUGUCGGCCUCGGUGGUGCUCCAGGCCAAGGACUCCCGAUUGAUCUCCCUGCGAGCUUGGCGGCGCUGUUCGAGGCCAAGCUCACGCUCGACCGGGAAAAGGCCAAGCUCAUGCGAAUGCAGAAGGAACUCAAGGGGUACCGAGAAGGCGUUGCGGCGGUCGGAGGCGCCGCAGCUGGUGUCGGAGCGACAGCAGCACCCGCCGUGGUUGCCAAGGGCAAGGAACGAGUAGAGCCUUUGCCCGUGGAAGACGAGCUGGGCGAGUGCACGUGCGGACGGAAUGGCCACUCGCAUGAGUACCCAGCGUCGACGCACAGCGAGUCGGAUGAGUACUAUUACUACGAUACCGAGGACGAGUGUUGCGACUGCUGCUCUCACGACCAUUCCUAUGUCGAGUGCGACCACGAACCCGGCACUUGCACUUGUGAUAUCGCCGAGAUCGACAAUGAUGAAGACAUAGACGACGACGAAGACGACGUACAUGGGCACCAACACCAUCAUCAUCAUCAUCACCACCAUCACCACCACGGCGAGGUUGACUCGGACGCCGACGAGUACGAGUACGACGACGGGCAUGGGCACAUGUGCGACCAUCAUCACCACCAUGAUCACGGCGGCGGACACCGGCAUGUGCCCAGCGCCGAGGCUGCGCUAGCUGCUGCUGCCGCCGACCUGUCGCUAUACCCUGCGAAUGGGAGCAGCUUGGCGCAGCUGGCGGCGAGAGCAACAGCGGUCCAGCAGCAGCAACAACAGCAUCAGCAGCAGCGUGCGCCGCAAAAUUCCUCGGCUCCCUCCGGAGGGCGGAAGCGGCUCGCAGAGGACCCCGAGCGCAUGGACGAGGCCGUGCGCGAGCUGUUCAACUGGAUCAAGGCGGUCGUAUGGACCAUUGAGCAGGCAGCGAUUGUUGCAGGCCGGCGCGGCUGGACCGCUGCCGAGGCACGAUAAGCGCAGCGCCGUGUGGCGAGGCGUGAGUUACCGUCGUAUGCGCGGCGGCAGCGCCGACGCCAGCAGUCCGAGCCGAGCCCCCGCCGCCGCGCUACACGCCGUGACCACGUCCACAUGCCGCAGGGGUGCCACUGCGCCACAUGCUUCUCGCCAAGACACGCAUCCGCCCGUGCGCGGCGCGGCACCUUGUCUCCAGCCUUUGCGGCACCCCUCAUUGAGCCUAUGCCCUGGGCUAGGCUUGUGCUUUGCUCUGUUUUCUUGCCUUGCCCUUGCCCUAUAAGCCAGUCUGUUCCAUCUGCUGCCCACCACCCCCCACGCACGCACUGUACCAACCAUACCACGUAUCAUCCGGCCGCGGCCGGCACAUGCUGCAGUAGAUUCACUGCGUUGAAUGCAUCAUCAUUGCACUG